UAUUUUAAUUCGAGCUAACUUUUACAGCGUUCGCCCUCGGGUCUGAAAUUGAAAGAAAGAGUGCUUUGCGGUCGGCCAUCUUUAGAUGAUCGUGUUUCUAGAUAACAGUUUCGUUUCGUAAAAUAUCGGUCCGUUUUUUAGCUACUUCCGCUUUACAAUAGUUCACAACAUUUGAAUACUGUUUGGAAAGAAAUCCCUGCAUCCGCCUGUUGUAAUGGAAAUUCAAAUUUUCAAAGCCCGUGGGGAGGCACUUUUGGAUGGUCGCGAACAGCCUAAAUCGAUAUUUUGAACGAUGGCGACAAGUUUGAUGUUGGUUUCCUUGGAGAUAUCUGCACGUUGCAUGUUGUAGAAUGUUUACGUUUAUAGUGUUGCAAGUUUGAUAACAAACCUUGUAUGAUUUAAACAUAAGAAAGAGCACAAUCUUAUUCAGACUCGCGAGAAAUGUCCUCGCUGAAGCUGGAUCCCGAGCUGGUGGAGAAGGCAAUCGGAUUCCAUGGAUUGCCGUUGCAAAAAAUAUGGGAAGGAGAACGCGGCGAAGCCGAUCUGAGCCGCAUCGGUGUAACCAAUCCGGACUAUUCCGUGUACCAGUCUCGGCAAAAGACGCUCACCUUCCACGAUCGCGCCAAGAGAUUCAAGAUGCAUCAGUUUAUUUCGAAGAAAGCGGAUUUUUUGUAUGAUAGUGCAUUAACACAGCAGCCAGCAAGAGGUCGAAACGAGAAACGGCACCCGGGAGAUUUCCAGCAGUGUGAAAAAUUUUGGAUUCCACCGAUUGACGCUUUCAUGGACGUCGAGACGAGUGAUAAAGUCAAUCAUUUUCUGCAGACUGCGAGACCCGGCGACGUUGUGUAUGGCAUAGUGGCUAAUAAGACUGCCCAGGGAGUUAUUUUCAAAGUGUUACUCUCAAUGGGAAAUACCUGUUGUUUCAUAAAUACCAGCUCAAUUAAGGCCUAUGUCUCAACCAACUAUCUGGUACCGGUGUACGACCGAUCUGGAGUUCCUCGCAACUUUGCAACCAGCGAUCUGAUAUGUUGUGAAGUAGCUGCUGCUCAACCGGACUCAAGAAAACUGAUCUGUACCAUGCAACGUACGAUGCUGAGUCGCUCGCCCACUACUAUCAACUAUGGACUCAUAUCUUCCGAAGAUCUUCCCCAAGCAUACAACCUUGCAGCCACAAAGGAGCUCCUACCGUACGAGGACUAUCUAACCCGAUCGGCGUCUUUCAAUGACCCCCAGGCCAUUGGAAGUUUGAUGCAAGAACUGGGCCUCAGCGGAAACGAAUUCUACACCAACAUGUCGAGUCUGAAGGGAAAGUUUCCUCAGCAGGAAUAUGCAGGCGAGCUGCGAAAUUCACAAGCAAGCAAGUGGGCAUUCAGAUCUGUGGCAGAGGGUAUUGAACACUUCAAGGAGGGCCGCCACAGCGAAGCGUUUCAGUGUCUGAACAAGGCACUCAGCAUUGAUCCGCGCAACAUCGAGGGAUUGGUGGCACGCGGGGCGCUGUACGCCAACAGUGGUUCCUUUAAGAAGGCGGUGGACGACUUCGAGAUGGCGCUGAAGAUCAAUUCGUCCCAUGCCAACGCUCGCAAGUAUAUGGGCGAAACGUUGGUGGCAUUGGGACGAAGCUACGAGGAGGAGAGCCGUUUCGACGAGGCCAAAAAAGCCUACCAGGACUGCUUGAACAUUAUUCCGCACCACGAGGAGGCGCAAAAUUCGUUGGAUUUCCUCAAAACCAAGACGUUCAACAAACAGAUUGUGGCUCCGAAUGAGCUUGAAUUGCCCGCUUUGAAUAUCCCCAAAUCAUUGACCCACCACGAUCGCCACAAGCAAGAAGCGGACACAUCCGGUGUCAGUGGCUCCAAGCGCGACGGAUCCGAAUCUCGCAAGGACAAGAAGGGUGCCAAAAAGCAGGACAAAAAGAAACGCCAUAAGAAACACCACAGCAGUUCCAGCGAUUCGAGCUCGAACAGUUCCGAUUCUAGCGAUUCCAGCUCGGACUCGGACAGCAGCAGCAGCGACUCGUCGUCAAGCUCUGAUUCUUCGCGCUCAUCGAGGCCCAAGAAGCGUAGCAAACGCAGCAAGAAUGAAAAGAAGCCAAAAUCACUGUCUCCGCUCAGCAAGCGCAUGUCGGCUGGGAUGGGCAACGAAGGCCGUGCAAUGGACGCCCCAUUUUCUUUCGGCAAUCAACCUACGCACAGUCAUCCGCCAGCCGGGGCGGAUGAUUAUGAAUUAAAGGUUCGAAAGUUUUUGGACAUGCCCCGCGAUGAGGACAACUAUGAAGAAAAGGUUCGUCGCUUCGUAGCAGAAGCAUCCAAGUAUCAGAAGGAGCGAAAGGCACAAGAGGAAAAAACAAAGAAGAAAAAGAAGAAGGAAGAGAAAAAAGCUAAAAAGGAAAGCAAGAAAAAACGUAAAUCCGAAGAAAAAAAGAAAUCUAAGAAAAAGGAUAAAGAUGACGAUGUGCUGAACAACGACAAACUGAAGGAAGCAUUAAAAAUUUUUGAAAAUUUUCCCGUUUUGGAUGAGCUUGGCACAAAACUGUCAGAAUACUAUUCAAAGCUUGAAAAUCAAGGAGCAGGUCCUAGCGGUAUGGCAUCGGUUAUGUCUACUUUGCUGACAAAAGGAUCCAAAAAGGACGCCUCAAAACUUGAGAAAGCGGAGGAAACAAAAGUUUCCCAAAAAACACAAGACACGUCAAAAGAACGUUCAGAAAAAGAAACGAAAUGGCGAAUGAUGUUCAACAAAGAUGAGAGGGCGGCCGUUAAAGAGCCAAAAGAGCAAAGCAAAACUUUUGUUCCGAAACAGUACGCAUUUUCGAAUGACUCGGAUGAAGAAUCACUUGGCGUGUUUCAAAUGCAACAACAUCAAGCCCAAUUGCAACAAAAAGCUACCCAGAGGACGUCUCGUUAUGAUGAUGAAAAGAACCGGAGGAGGCCAGCUACUCCAGAGAAACCGAAGCCAGCUGUCUCACAGAUGGCCCCUGUCAAAUCAGGUCCAGUCGUUUUGGACAAAUUUGGUAACUUCAGGCUUGCGAAUGCCGACGAUGCAGCUAAACCUCCGGAGCCAUCGGUUCCGCCGCGUAGAUCCCGUAGUAGAUCUCGUGGUCGUCGUUAUGGUAGCUCAAGUCGGUCACGAUCACAAAGCCAAAGAAGACGUUCUCGUUCGGGCAGUUUCAGGCGCCGUUUCAGCCGUUCAAGGUCACGAUCCUUCAGUCGAUCGCGGUCACGGUCUUACUCGAGAAGCCGUUCACGCUCACGUAGCUUCGAACGACGUCGUUUCGUAGAUCGACGAGGCUAUCGUGGCAGAGGCGGAUUUUAUGAUCGCGGUUUCGGAAAUCGUUACCACCGUGGUGGAUUCAUGCGCCGAGGCGGUUUCAGAGAUUUCCGUGACAACAAUCGUGGAGGUUUUCGUGACCGUCCCUUCCGACACCGUUUCCGAGGAAGAUUCCAGCGGUCUUUUAGUCGUAGCACGAGCAAAUCGCCAGAUCGCAUUCCGGUGAGCCCAAGUGAGCGUCAUCGACGGGACCGCUCACGUGAACAAGACCGAGAUCGUUCACGGGAACGCACCUAUGAACCUAAACGCUCCAAGGAACGCGAACUUCCCAAGCCGAAGGAAAAGAAGGAUGAAAAACCUGCAUCUGAGGAAGCUGGUAACUCGUUUGUGGCUAGCGACAUUGAAGGUCGAUGGGCUGAUAAAAAACAAAGUGAAGAAAGAGAUCCUCCUCCACCAGGAGCAGAGGACACCUCGCUUGAUGACAUAGAAAAAACCCUGGAAAAAGCACGGAAGGAAAAAAAAGAAGAAAUGUUGGAGCGAAAUAAGGACAUCUUGAAGAAAAUUACUGACCCGUAAAAUAACUAUAAUUUUGAGGUUUAGAUAUAUAGUUUGAAUCUAAUCAGACGAAGAAAAAAAAAAUGGUGAACUAAAAAUGCAUAUUCAAACGGAACUCCUUAAUCUAGCAUUCUUGCAAAUGGCAAAAAUAAUCAACAUCAAUAAAAUCAGCUAACCCGAACAAA